CAAUUGAGUUAGUUAAUCGCGCUCAGCGUAACGAAACGGUUUAGAUUUUAUACUCGUCUAUAGAGUGGCUGUAGAUACGAGAAUAGAACAACAAAAUAUUCGUUAAAUUGUGGUUAGCCGCCGUGGAAGUAAUACAUGACGCGGGUGUGUACAGUGGUUUUGAAUAUCCGUAUAUAUAAUUUUUGCACAUCGAAUUGAGUUGAGAUGACUUACACGGCGCUGUGAAGAAAAGAAGAAAAAAAAACUACAAAAAAUAUCUGAAGAUCUCUUACCGUCAGCUGUGUCUAGAAUAAUCACUAAUCGAUACAAUUAAAUUGAGUAGUUUCUGAGUAUUUACGGGUGAAUUCAUUCAACAUAAUGCAUAAGUAUUUGUGGAAUUUCCAUCAACUAGCGGUAAUUAUCUUAUUACUGGCAGACAAUAAUCGUCUAACGGUUGCACAAGCAAAUGAUAGACCGAAUAUAGUAAUUAUAUUGGCUGAUGACUUGGGUGUCGAUGAUGUCAGUUUUCGUGGCUCCAAUCAAUUCCUCACACCCAACAUUGAUGCGCUGGCUUAUAGCGGUGUCAUUUUGAAAAAUCUCUACACACCAACAAUGUGUACGCCUUCACGUUCGGCGCUGCUGACUGGGAAAUAUCCAAUACACACAGGUAUGCAACAUUAUGUCAUACCAAACGAUCAGCCCUGGGGCCUACCGCUUAACGAGACAACGAUGGCGCAAAUCUUCAAACAACACGGCUACUACACCAGCCUGAUUGGCAAAUGGCAUCAGGGCAUGUCACGCAAGGCGUAUACGCCCACAAAACGCGGCUUCGAUCAGCACUUCGGCUAUUUGGGCUCCUACAUUGACUACUACGAUCAGACGUUGGAUGCUACGACGAAAAAUUUAUCCCGCGGUCACGAUUUCCGUGACAAUCUUGCUGUGUCGCACGAAUAUAUCGGCACUUAUGUCACCGAUCUGCUCACCGAUGCAGCAACGAAAUUGAUAAGCAAACACGAUGCCAAUAAACAACCGUUGUUUCUCUUUCUAAGUCACAUGGCGCCGCAUGCUGGGGACGAGGAUGAUCCGUUGCAGGCGCCACCGGAGGAAGUUGAGAAAUUUAAAUACAUCAAAGAUGAGAGCAGACGAACGUACGCGGCGAUGGUUUCCAAACUGGAUGAGAGCGUUGGAGCCGUGAUUGAUGCGCUCGCAAAAAAAGGUAUACUCAACAACACGAUACUACUCUUUCUAUCCGACAAUGGUGGACCAACGCAGGGUUUGCACUCCACUACAGCCUCCAACUAUCCACUCAGAGGGCAAAAAAAUUCACCAUGGGAGGGAGGCAUACGUUCUUCCGGCGCGAUUUGGUCGCCACUGGUUGAAAAUUUGGGCAUCGUUUGGAAGCAACAACUCUACAUAGGUGAUUUACUACCCACCCUGGCGGCUGCAGCCAACAUACCACUCGACACACAACAAAUGCAACUCGAUGGGCUGAAUCUCUGGUCUGCACUCAAGUACGGCUACGAUGCGGUGGAACGUGAAAUCUUACACAACAUAGAUGACAUUUACGAUUAUGUUUCGUAUGGGAAGGGCAAAUGGAAAUUCAUUAAUGGUACUACAGAUAACGGUGCAUACGAUAAUUGGCUUGGUGUGCGUCAUAAUGCCAGCGAUGAGGAGAUUGAUCCACGCGCCACCCACUAUGAGGAGCUCAUAAUGAAUACGACCGUUUGGCAGCAGCUCUCUGAGAUUAAUGCACAUAAUGCGCUGGCACGUGUUGUCAAUAUAACGGGAUUGCGUGAAGAAGCGGGCAUCUAUUGCCUACAUGCCAACGCCUCAGAUGGUGUGGCUUGUGAUCCACUAUUGGGACCGUGUCUCUUCGAUAUCGAUGUAGAUCCCUGCGAGCAAAAUAAUUUAUAUGAUACGAUGAGUGAUGGCAAGGUGGUGCAAGAGAUGCUUGCGCGUAUCGGACAUUUCCGUGAGACGCAACAUCCGCCAAAUAAUAAACCGUUAGAUCCGAAAUGCGAUCCACGGCUGUACAAUGGCGAGUGGACGUGGUGGCAGGAUAUACAGGAUGGCCUUGCCGAUGAGGAUGAUGCUGGUAAUGGUGGCAACGGCGUUGAGCAGAUGCUGAGUGUACACUUGAGUGGUUUGCUGCUUCUAUUAAUCAGCGUCGCUUUGAUAUUAUGAGUGUAAAGUAUUCCUUUAGUUUAUAAGUAUUAACAAGAAUUUUGUAAAAUAAAUUUGUU